ACAUGGGGAGCAGCUCCUUACUUGCGAUAUUUCUCCUGCUGAUGUGCUCCAUCAACAGCAGCUGCCCGUUUUCAUAUUCAGUGUUUAUGAGUAAAGACAAAGCCCAUGAGGUGCUGCAAGUCCAUAAACGCGCCAACUACUUCCUAGAAGAGAUUCGCCCAGGGAACCUGGAGAGAGAAUGCAACGAAGAAAAGUGUUCGUUUGAGGAGGCUAAGGAGAUCUUCCAGUCACAGGAGAAAACAAUGGAAUUUUGGUUCAAUUACAAAGGUUUAAAUCCAUGUAGUACAAAUCCCUGUAACAAUGGUGGAGUGUGCAAAGUAAGACACUACAGUUACUUUUGCAUCUGCCCCCCUGCAUUUGGAGGACACAACUGUGAAACAGUGGUAGCUCUGGGAGCUGCCCGGCGCCCGUGCGCAGCUGUGACCGCGCGGUGCCGGUGUUUUCCUGGCAGAAAAGUUGGAGUGCUGGUACAAGAACGGCGGCUGCUGGCAGUACUGCAGGGACGGCGACAGCGCCUUCCACGUGGUGUGUUCCUGCGCCAGGGACUACGCCCUGCACGAAGAUGGGAAGAGAUGCGUGCAGCACCGUUUCCCUGUGGCCUGAUCAAAGCCAGGUGGGCUCUGGAGGAACAGCGGCUGGGGCCGAAAUGGCUCCGCAGGGGCCAAUGGGAGCACAGGGAUGUCGUGCCCAAGUGGAAUGGGAACACAGAGGGCAUGGUUAGGCAGACAGAGCUGGAACACAGUGAUGUUGGGGGAAAGGAGACUUUAAAGGAUGCUUUUGGACAGAGCGUGUGCACAAAGGGUGACACUGGACAAACGGGGAUGGCAGGAGAUGUUUUCAGCUGGAACAAGACACAGGUGGGCUCUGUGACCCAGAAACCACUGUGGGACAGUGCCGUGGGGCAAGAGCUGGAUGUCUCUAAGCACUACGAGGCAGUGGAGGAGACCGCCAGGCCUGGUAGGCCCAGGGGAGCCCUGGCUGCCCAGGGUGAGCCGACCCAGGGUCCUGAAGGGCAGAACAAGACCACAGCACCUACGGCCAGACGGGGAGGAACAGCGGGAAAUACUACAGAGCAAAACCAGCAAGGGGAGGGCUCUGGCCAGAACGGAACAGGAGCUGUUCAGCAUGGGAAUGAGGGGCUGCAUCAGAGCAGUGACGGGGGAGAUGUUUUGGACACGCCUCAGCCCGCCCCUCAGCCCUCCCAGGCAAACAUCGGCUCUACCUGGGAGCAGCAUGACUCCAGAGUAACGGGAGGAACACUGUGUCAUCGUGGACAUUGCCCCUGGCAGGUGCUGCUCCGGAACAGCCGGAACGUCGGGUUCUGCGGCGGGAGCCUCAUCAGCCGGCGCUGGGUGCUCACGGCUGCGCACUGCCUCGACCUCGUCAGCCCCCAGCACGUCACCCUGGGAGACUUUGACAAAUACCAGAGAGAGUUCAAGGAACAGAAGAUCGCUGUGGAACGGAGCUGGACGCACCCACAUUACAAUUCCAACAACUACAACGGUGACAUUGCCCUGCUCUACUUGAGCAGUGCUGCUGUUUUGAAUGAGUACGUGAUUCCCAUCUGCCUGCCCAGCCCUAACCUGGCUGCACUGCUCUCCGAAGAGGGGAGAGUGGGGAUGGUUAGUGGCUGGGGAGCCACACACGAGAGGGGCUCCACCCUGCGCUUCCUCAUGAAGGUGCGGCUGCCCAUCGUGGGCCUGGAGCGCUGCCAGCAGGCCAUGGACAGGCUCCUCACCGACAGCAUGUUCUGUGCAGGGCACAGCACGGCCACGGCCGAUGCCUGCAAGGGGGACAGCGGGGGGCCCUUCACCGUGUCCCACCGCAACACCUGGUUCCUCCUGGGCAUUGUCAGCUGGGGUGAGGGCUGUGCUGAGCAAGGGAAAUACGGCGUAUACACCAGAGUAUCCAACUACAUCCCUUGGAUCAAAGAGGUGGUUGAAAGUGUAGCAGAUUCAGAAGACUUUACAAUUGACUUUUCUUAAUACCACCUCUAUGAACGGAGCAAUUCUGUUAUUACAAUGUUUCAGCCUAUGACACUAUGCUUGCUCCCAUCCUUAAUGGUGUAAAAUUAACUUAGCCUCAAAGAAGUUUUGAAAAGCAUAAAUUGCUAAGUAUUGCUGAGUAAAGUCCUUGUGUAUAAUAAAGAACUAUCUGCAAGUAACAAA